UGUUGUUUUUUUUUUGUUGUGUGUAGAUGUGAUUGUAUGGUGUGAUUAUUUUUCCUCCCACAUGCUCACUGCUUUACUUCACAUUGUUAGGAGUGCAGAGUGCAGAUGAUGGAGGGAAAUCAGGUCAUAUGGUGUGCGUCAGAAUCUCUGAUGAGAUAAGGACUUCAGGAGUGUUUGAUGACUUGAAAAAUGUUAUCGAUCUCCAAUGCAGUCUUCGAUGUUCAAUAUCAAAUUUAUUCUGCAAUUUGUGGAACGUGGGUGAGCUUGAAAGACUAUACGGCAAAUGUUAUAUAAUGUCUUCCCCAAAGAGGAUAGAGUUGAACAUCGUUUGCCAAAAAAAGACUUAAGAAGUCAUUUAUAAGCGGCUUCCCUCAUCUCUUCCAUGGGUGAGGAAACUGAAAGAAACAAUAAUCUCGAUAUGCACCCAGGUUUGUUUUACAGAGAUAGAGCCUCAGGUAUUCUGACUGGUUUUGCAGUUUGUCACGGGCCUGAUCGUGUUAAUGGUGCCCUCUGGUUGAGUCAUCAUCAGUGAGUGUGCUCACAGGCAUGAGGACACCAGCCAGGCAGGGCUGCAGCAUCCCUCUAGCUGAUGUCUGAUGUCUCAAGCUGGCAGCUGGCAAAUCUGAACCCUUUUGCCAGUGAUAACCCUGGACUGGAGCCAUAUUGCCCCACGCCUUUCUAACAGAUCUGACUCAGCUCCUCGUCAUCCUCCCCUUUACUUCUUGUAGACUGAGGUGCCCACGGAGUGCGAGAGGAGCCCCAGUUUGUGACGGCACGUGCAGGAGAGAACAUCAUCCUGGGUUGCGAUGUGUCCCACCCUUUGAACGGCCAACCCUAUGUAGUGGAGUGGUUCAAGUAUGGAAUGCCAAUCCCUUUCUUCAUCAACUUUCGGUUUUAUCCUCCUCAUGUGGACCCAGAGUAUGCUGGCCGGGCCAGUCUAUACGGCAAGUCCUCCCUGCGGAUAGAAAAUGUUCGUUCAGAUGACCAAGGCUGGUAUGAGUGCAAGGUGCUGAUGCUGGAGCAGCAGUAUGAUACUUUCUACAAUGGCAGUUGGGUGCAUCUAACUGUCAAUGCCCCUCCCUCUUUCACAGAUACGCCACCUCUAUAUGUCGAGGCCAAGGAGGGUGGAAGCAUCAUUUUGACCUGCAUUGCCUUUGGCAACCCCAAACCCUCGGUCAGCUGGUUGCGGGACGGCAACCUUCUGGUCACCAGUGCCAAGUAUAAGGUAUUUGAUGGAAGUUUGACAGUGCUGUCCAUCACCCGAGAGGAUCGUGGUGCCUAUACAUGUCGAGCCUUUAGCCCCCAGGGAGAGGCCAUUCACACAACACGGCUACUCGUUCAAGGCCCUCCAUUCAUUGUCUCACCGCCAGACAACAUUACAGUCAACAUCUCGCAGGACGCCUUCUUCACCUGCCAGGCGGAGGCCUACCCUCGGAACUUAACCUACUCCUGGUUCUGGGAGGAAGAAAAUGUCUUUUUCAACAAUGACCUAAAACGGAGAGUCAGUGUUCUGAUUGACGGUUCCCUGAUCAUUGUCCAAGUCAAGCCAGAGGAUGCUGGGAAAUACACCUGUGCUCCUAGCAACAGCCUUGGCCUACCACCGACUGCCUCUGCUUACCUGACUGUGCAAUAUCCUGCUCGUGUUGUAAACAUGCCAUCUGUACUCUAUGUGGCCAUUGGUCUGCCGGGGUUCAUCCGAUGUCCUGUAGAUGCCAACCCGCCUGUAACAUUAGUUAAGUGGAAGAAAGAUGGUCUCCCCCUCCGGAUAGAGAAGUAUCCUGGUUGGAGCCAAAUGGACGAUGGGAGCAUCCGCGUGGCAGAGGUGACAGAGGACUCUCUCGGCACCUAUACCUGCAUGCCUUACAAUGCCCUUGGUUCCAUGGGAUGGUCCCCUCCUGCUCCCCUGGUGCUAAAGGACCCUCCCAAAUUCUCAGUGGUCCCUGGAGGGAAGUACAGACAGGAGGCUGGGAGAGAACUGGUUAUCCCAUGCGAGGCAGAAGGAGACCCCUUUCCCAAUAUAACAUGGAGGAAGGUCGGAAAGCCCAAUAAGAGCAAGCACAAUGUUCUGCCACGAGGCAGCUUACAGUUCAAGUCACUUACAAAGGAGGACCAUGGGGAAUGGGAGUGUGUUGCCACCAACGUUGCUACAAGCAUCACUGCCAGCACGCAUGUCCAAGUCUUAGGCACAAGCCCCCAUGCACCCACCAGCGUCCACGUGGUGGCAUCCUCCACCUGGGCCAAUGUGUCAUGGGAGGUGGGCUACGAUGGAGGCUUCCAGCAGACAUUCUCAGUCUGGUACGGCCAUGUGCUAAAAAGGGAGCGUUUGGGUCCACACGACUGGCUCUCUGUACCCGUGCCAGGAGGCCAAGAGUGGAUGGUGGUGCCUGGCUUGGAGCCCGAGACAACAUACCAGUGCAGCGUCCUAGCCCAAAACAAGCUUGGCACAGGACCCUUCAGCGAGGUUGUCACUGUGAACACAUUAGUAUUUCCUAUAAGUACCCCUGAACCAUUGGUGCUGCUUACCCCACCACGGUGCCUCACAGCCAAUCGCACGCAGCAGGGAGUCCUUCUUACCUGGAUCCCGCCCGCCAAUCACACAGCACCGAUCCAGCAUUAUGUAAUGGAGUUUCGUUUAGGGGAACGUUGGGAGGUUCUGGAUGACGGCAUCCCCUCAGGCGAGACAGAGAUGCUCGCUCGUGACCUCAUCCAGGAGGCCUGGUAUGAGUUCCGUGUCAUGGCCGUCAUGGAUGACACGAUCAGUGAGCCGAGCAACAUAGUCGGAGUGUCCAGUACAGACUUCUUUCCUCCUCCAGAGCUGGUUGAGGAAUCAGGGUUGGCGCGACCAGUUGUGGCUGGCAUCGUAGCCACCAUCUGCUUCUUGGCUGCAGCCAUCCUUUUCAGUACAAUGGCAGCCUGCUUUGUCAAUAAGCAGCGGCGGCGGAAGCUAAAAAAGAAAAAAGAUCCGCCUCUUUCCAUUACCCACUUAAGAAAAAGUAUGGCCACGCCGCAAUCUUCAGGAAAGGCGAGUCCAGAAAGCAUUCGCUCAAAGACAUCCCUAUCAGAAUCAUCUGAGGAUAGUCAUGAACAACAUGGGAAGAAACCACCCUCAAGUCCAGGAAAGAAGGAGGAGUUGUCUCUGUAUAAGAAGACCAAAAGAGCAAUAACAAGCAAGAGAUACACCAUCUCUAAGCAAGAGACUGAAGCAACAACACCUAUUGAACUCAUCAGUCGCGGCCCAGAUGGGCGCUUUGUCAUCGAUCCCACUGAUGCGGAGUUUUCUGUCAAGCCCCGACGAAUUGAGGGUUUUCCUUUCGUGGAAGAAUCGGAUCUCUAUCCUGAAUUUCGGCAGUCGGAUGAAGAGAAUGACGAUCUUAGGCCUCUUCCACCGGUUAUGGCCCCCCUACGGCCUCAUCAGAUUUCACCCAUCUCCAGUCAUGAAUCCUUCCUCCAGCCUCCAGCAUACAGCCCCCGUUUCCAGAAGCCCUUUGAAGGUAUGACUAUCAUGGAGAGCAGUCGACUCCAGGCCACGGGGCAGAUUCGAGGCUCUCUCCAUCACAGGGCUUUCUAUGGCUACUUGGGCUCGCAUAGGGAUCAUGAUCCCCCUCCUCCUUUUUACAGGACCGAUACUAGUCCGCUGAGCUCUGUCAUGUCCUCCCCUCCAUACGUGACUGAAAGUCACUUUGGUUAUCCCAUGAUUCCAGAAGAAAUGGGGGAGGGUGAUUUCACACAAUAUGCUGUCUCUGGCUUCCCUUAUCCUCUGACACUAGGGUCUUCCUCUCAUUCACCAGAAUUUUGGCGGGGAAUGGAUUUUACAUUUUCAACCGUGGAGGGGCCCCAAUUCAUUUUUCCAUCUCACCACUCUUUGCAUCUCCGCCAUGAUUCUCCCUAUCCACCCCCACCACCUGUUCUUCCCCUUAGUGCUUUCCAGACCUCCUCUCUCCCAAUGCCCACCUAUCCAUCUGUAUUGCCACUCGAAGCACCACAGUGCUACUCAAGCAAGUCUCCCAGCAAAGCCAGGCCUUAUGGCUCUCCAGCCAGGCAUUUAGCUAUGCAAGAGGCUCAAAUAGGGCAGCUAAGACGUACAAGCCACGGUAUGGGUGUUCCAGUUAUGCCUUACACUGAUCCAUUGGCCCAUAUCAGACCUAGUACCCUCAGUAGCCUGGAUACCCGAUGGUUUGAAUCGACCCCCCAUUUCAGUCCAAGACAAGCUCGUAGGAUGGAUUCUGGUGUGCAUCAGGUGGUUCUCCAGCCCUCUCGACUUUCCCCUCUCACCCAAAGUCCCUUUAGUUCUCAUGAGGGAUCCCCUGAGAUUGUUGUACGUCCCUGGCCACGUCCAAACCUUAUUCAAACUCCCGUACCCCCAGAGAUGUCUGAGAUUAACCUCCUACCUCCAUCCACAGUCACCUUCUCAAGGAGAUCUUCCCCUUCUUCCUCACCUUCACUAGGCCAGGGUAGCAGAAGGUCCAGUCCUAGCUAUCGUUCCCACAUGGCCUUUGCUUCAUCUGCAACCAGCUAUCCAGCUUCCCAGUCCCCAUCGCCACCCAUGGAAAGCAGGAACAUAUUUGGGCACGUGCCAUCGCACAGGCGGACCGAGGAGGAGAUCCUUCCAUCCGAGCCUUCUCCAUCCCAGUUGUCAGCUUCAGGAAAACGUCGAGGUGCACCGAGUGUUCGUUCGGGGUCUGAGAGGAUUGAUGCUCUGAGAUAUCAACGUAUUAGAAAGGCUAAGAAGAUGACAAUGAAUAACAAUAAUUCCAAGACUAGGAGGAAAGCAGGUGUGUCCACCUCUCAGACCCGGCAGGCCCACAUCACUCAGGUACUUCAGCCCGAAGAAGCACUCUAUCUCCACAGGAAAAAGAAACGGCUCCUACUCCAUGAUCCCUACACUCGCUUCUCUGCUCUGCUGUACCGCCGGCCCCUUCGAGAAGACCAGAAGGCUAUUUUGGCUUGUAUGGACAACGUGGAACUAGACCAUGCCACCUUCCUCUGAAAAAAAUCCACACAAAUGAAGGUCAAAAUAGAUUUUAUGUUGACACGUUUUAAAACAAUAAUUGCGUGGAUCAUCUGCUGGGAUGGGGAGAACUGCAUUUUAGUAUUUCGAUGUGGUGCACCCUGUUCAACCAAUGGGCAAUUCAACCAUUUAUGAUGGGUUUUCUACAUUUUCUAAUGACGAUGAAUGAAGAUCAAACCCUUCAAUAUUCAUUUCAAUCUCGACGACAAUCCAUCCAAAAUCCGUAUUUCUAAAUGUUGGCCUCUGGAAUGAAUGCGCUAAUCGCCAUGUUUCUUUGGAUGGUCCCAUUUAGUAUUCUCGUCAAUGUGUUUACGUUUUCAGCAAAUCAAAUCAGAAUGAUACCUGCCGUAGUUUGACAACGAUUUUCUCCAGUGCAAAAAGUUAUUUGAAAUCCAAGAUUUCCUUUAUGUCGUGUUAGCUAAUUGAAAUGCAUGUCAGGCUUGCAUUUAUUUCAGUUUUUACACCCUCGUCUCCAUUUCUUCUACUGCAGGAAGUACAGAGGGCUCAAAAUCCUACUCAGAAUAAAUUAGCUAUCCAAAACCAAUAUAGCUGAGGAAAAAAGUAACUAUACAGGAUUUUGUGCCAUAGUACUGGAUUUGCCAACGUAGAAAAUACAACUGACAUGAAUGUAUGUUUGGUUGCCUGCCUCAUGCAUCCGUCAAUUUACUUUCAUCUGGGAGUUGGAGCCUAUACGAGCUGAUCUGAUCUUUGGGCAAAAGGCAGACUAGGGCUAGGACUGGUCACCAGUCAAUCACAGGACACGUAUAAAGACUGACAACCGUUGACACUCACAUUUACAUCACCACUUAGGGGGAACGGACCCCAUGCUGCCUGCGCUGAAGUCGGGCAAGUGAACCACGACCUGCUGCUUGAUUCACUUCACUUCAAAUCCGAACGUCAUUUCUACUGAGCCGUUUUGCUUCACAGUAUGAAUGUAAUGUUCCAUUUUGUUCGAUUUUGUAAGCAUGCUGUAAGUGAAAGAAUAAUCACCUAUGAAGGAAUAGGAUUGGCAAUUAGAGGCAGCUACAUUUUUCAGCGACACUUUUUUGUCCGUUUUUCUUGACCUAUUCAUUUCAUUUUGGAACUUGUUGAGAUAUUAAAAUCUGCUCUUUGACAGUCCAGGGAGUGAACACUAUUGGAAUAAAACAAAGAACAGGAGUUGUCAUAACGUCACGGGCUUAGAUUACUCUGUUUCACGUUACUGAGUUACAGUUGGAAUGACUUGAGGAUUGCUGAAGCACUGUCAAAGCUAAGGUACCGUAUUUUCUGCACUAUAAGGAUCUUCGGAUUAUAAAUCGCACCUUUAAUGAAUGGCCAUUUGAGUUCAUCUGCAAGUCAAGGCUGGUGAGCGAAUAAUUUCAUCAUUAUUUAAUGAUUUGGAUAAAGUGAGAGGUGGAUGGAUAGACAGACAGACAAUUAGGGCUGCACAAUAAAUCAUCAUCGCGAUAAUGGCAUGUGUAAUAUGCGUAUUGCAAAGACGUGCAAUAAGUUUCAUCUGGAAUUGUAUGCGUUCGUCUGAAGUUGACCAGUCGGAUGCAACCUUAAAUGGACAUCACCAUCAGGUGAACUGUAUCUAGAAUCAUUACAAACACUAGAUUAUAUACGAUACAAUACAAUACAUGCUGAUUUAUAUAGCGCUUUCACAACAGCGGCAGCUGUAACAAAGCGCUUUACAAAACAGUUAACAUAAAGUAAAAUAAUAAACACAACACAUAACAUAAAACACGGACAGUCAUGCAGUUCUAACCACUUUUCCAUCACACGCUUUGUUGUUUGAAGCAGUUCGAGAUGAAAGAGGAGAGAAUCAAAGUGUCCUUUAACCAGUGGAACAGAUUUUGAUUGAAGAUUUCAUCAGCUGCAAGACCAACAGUCUUUUGAAAUACGCUACAAUUACGAUAAUUACAUUUUGUUUUUGUUUUCUAGCUUUUUCCAUAGCCAAUAUCGUAAAAGCUUUUGAAAAGACUCCACUUCAUCUAUAAUUUUCCCUUUAUUCACAAAACAACUGACAUGCUAAGGGUAAAAAUGCAUUACUGAGAUAUACACUACUCACAAAGAGUGAAGGAAACCAAAUGAUGACUGCCACCCAACUCCAGUCAUGUUUAAAGGAGGUGAGAGGCACCCAAGUGUCACGCCAGACCUUUGGAAAACGUUUACAUCAGCAUAGUCUCCAUGUGAGAUGCCCUGCAAGGGUACCCGACUACAUCACCGGGCACCAUGUUAGAGACGACAACAAGAGCGCUAUGCCUCAGCCACUGUUGUCACCAGACGAUUUUUGGGUGGUGGCGGUGUUACAGUGUGGGCUUGUGUGUCCAGUCGGUACAGAACUGCCCUACACUUGGUGACAAGCCCAAACUACCUGAAUAACAUGAAUCCAGUGAUUGAACAACACGGGCCUAAUUUCGUCUUGAAGGACGACGAUCCCUCAGUCGCAAAGGGCUGUUAACAAGUAAUGUACGGAAUGGCCUGUACUGCUCCUGAAUCCUAUUGAAAACCUUUGGCAUCAGCUGACUCAUCGUUCAGAGGCUCGAAACUCUGCACUGAAGAACCUUAAAAACCUGAGGUUUGCCGUUUAAGAAGAGUAGGAUGCCAUGACUCGGCAGACAAUAAGUCCACUUGUGAACAGCAUGAGAUGUUGUCAAGCUGUCAGUGAUGCUCAAGGGCACACAUUGACAUUUUUUUUUGUGUACCCACCAUUCUUGUUAACUUUUGUCCUACUUUCAUAAUAUGAUAGCAUUGUAGCGUGAACUUUUUACAUCUUGCAUAGAUUUCACCUGGAGGCCAAAUAUCCCUAACUCUUUGCGAGGAGUGUCUAUUUGUAAAUCGAUCCUUUCACAUUUCAAAAGUGAAGUGCCUUUUUUUGAAGAUUACCAGUCAUAUUUUCAUUUGUCAAAAAAAUGAGAAUAUGGACCCUCAAUUGAUCAUGCCUCAAAAUGAUAACCUCAUUUCAAAUGUACAUUUAUGGUACCAUUUAGAUUUGACGUCAUUGUUGCUGAGCAAUCCUUGAGCAGUACCGUACUCGUUAUGCUAUUGCCAGUUCCGUAACUGGCUACAUUUCUGCCUGCAUAUUCAAAGAAAAAAAAAAAACAAUCACUCAUCAACAAAUCACGACAGAACGUGUAGUAUGUCUAAAAGGCAUGAGAUGUCCUUUGCUGGUAUUGUUACUUGAUUUUGAAUCACAUCGAGAGAGACAGAAAGAAGUUUGCAAUAACGGAAGCCGACUCUCUAAGCACUUCCUGGUCGAACAAGUUAAAUAUGUGGCUGGGCUGUCUCUCUGACUUUCCCCCAAAUGUUUUCUGAUGUCUUUCAAGGCAUGAAGGAGAUUUGAGCGAACGUUGCAUCACCAGCCUGACAGAUGAUUAACUCGGAUAUUGCUUUACAAAUCGGCGGUCAGUGAACAGUAAGAAAAUAAUAGACACACUUAGACAUGCAUACCGACCUGCAGAAAUUCUAAAUAUUUUUCACAUACAUUUUCAUUGAGAAUAUAUAUCAAAUCUGUUAAUAACGGAGAUUAGACUAAAGUUCCCUUCCAAAAUAGUUGAGUUAAAAGUCAAUUUAGUGCUCUCUCUCCUGCUGUCUGAGUAAAACUAGAGAGUCGUUGAAUCGCUGUGAACUUUUUUGAAUACCAUCAUAAGAGCCACUCUGCGUAGAAAUCACAUAUUUUUCAGGCUUUCUGGUCCCCAAAAAGUAAAAAAAAAUGUUUUGGAAAGGCGGCAUAAUCAACGGCGUUGUUUGAAAGUUGUGGUUUUUCUAUGUCUGUCUGUUCGACUUCUUUCCGCUUCCAUUUCAGUCACGCGACUUGAAAAUAAAUCUUGGUACUGUAUCACUUGGGAAUUUAUCUGAGGCGGUGUGAAGAGACUGCCUUGAGUGUCAUCUGACUCGGGCUUUUCACCUGUAUCGAGUCUCGACAAACUUUUUUAAGGUCACUUUUAUGUCGCACAUGCUUGACAGGCUUUGGCCAUGUGCUCAAGUAGACAACCUGGUGCUAACCGACACUGCACAAGGAAAAAAACUCUCUCUUACAUACUCAUAUAUGUCAUGUUGUAAACUGCAUUUUCUCUUUAAUCAAAGUACACUACCUAGAAAUAGAAUGCAAUGUCAUUGCCGGUUAGUCCAUACCUUUUAUCAACCUUCUUCGAGCAGAAGCGGGGGUGGGGGUGGGGGUCAAUGAUGGCUACUCCAUGAACAGCAAAUACUAUCACAAUGUGUUCCAGACUUUGGCUCGGAACAGCAGAGAUCCGAAUCUUACCCUGGCUGACAAAACGCGGACUCACAAGGGGGGAAAGUAUUGAUCAGAUUAAGUAUCACUUUUUGUUUCAAUGUACAGAGCCCGGAAAAAAAAAAUCCCUACUUUCCUUCACAGUUUGUAUAUAAUGUCUUGAAUAAGCAUAGCUUGUCUAAUUUAUUAAUUUAUUUGGUAGAACAGAUUAAUAAUGCACAUUUGAAGACUCGAGUGGGGAUCGGAGUAGUGUAGGUUCAAGUGACAUGUUUACCAUAAUGUAACAGACCAACAUCAAAAUGUGAGUAAAAGAUAUCCUCCAAGAAUAGAAAUUAGGUGAUUUGUAAUAGAUCCAGGAAAUAUAAACAAUCUCUAUAUAAAUAUAAUAUACCAAUGUACAUGUGGGGCCCCCCGAAUGGCCCGUCUCUAAUAUAUCUCAUUUGAGGACAGUUAACGUUUUAAAAGAAUGUACAAGUCUCUAUUUAUUUUUAUAUUCAUCUGUGCUUAUAUUGUAGCAGUGCAGUAGGUAUAAGAAACAAAAUAUUUCACAGAAUGGUGCAUUCUAAUGGAUUUCACUGUACUGUAUACAAACACAGCAACCUAUUUUUAUAGCAACGUUUGCUUGCCAUUGAAUAGCAAAUAUCAAUUUGACUGUGGGCCAUUAUGUUUAGUUCAUCAUUUGGAGAUAUGAAUAUAUUGUAUUCGCAUUUGAAGCUUAUAAGAAUGACGGCGCUCUUACCUUUACUACGGUCCUCCAUAGCUUCGUUGGGUUCAAACCGGAAAUGGUUUGACAUGCAUGUAUUCACCAUAUGAAACAUAUUUGAUUCGCGAUGGCUGCUUUAUCAACUGACUUUCGGACUUACAAAUGUGUUUUGUUUUUCUGCUGAAGCACGAGGAUGUGUUUGGUCAUGUCAUGUUUUCUUAACUCAAUUUGGUUUGAGCAUUUUAGCAGCUUCUUAAGGUACUCAGCACACUUGAUGUCAUUCAAGCCAGUGCUGCACAUUGCCAAAAGACAAACACAUCAUAUACCUGGACAUUCUGAAAACUGGUGCUAUUUCCAAACAGCUGUGGUGCUUUUUUUUUUCAAGUUCAUUGUAUUUCUUUGCCUCAGACCAAAUGUAGCUACACACUAUUUGCGUGUUACAGAGUUGGCCGUGUGCAGUCUCUGCUGUUGUUUCUGGGACAUGACAAGAGUUACAAAAUGUCAGAUGUUCGAGCAAGGCCAUUUUUGUUUUGAAUGCAUCCUCAUGACCAUUUGCCUUUGGAAUUUCUUUGUGAUAUUGUUCAUUUUCUUGUCAACACGGUGCUUUGAUUGCAUAUGAGUAAUUCAGAAAUUCGGAUAUGCUCCCCGUAACCUUGAUGACAGCUAUUUGAUCAGGUCAAUAAAAACGAAUCGGUCAUCGGAAUCGCUGCAUCUUCAAAAC